UGUUAAGUCUACUGUAUUAUUGUGUAUAUGAGAAAACUGUGUUGUGGUGAAGAAAUUAUAUACAUAUCAAGUGUUUGUUUCAGUGCUCCAUCUCUGUAUGGGGAGGAUGCCAUGUUUGAAGAAGUGAAAACUGAGAGAGCCCCCUCCUCAAAUCCUACUAAAGAGUCAGAAUCAGUGUUGAUGUCACUGACUCAUGACCACCAGACGGCAUUUGGGCUGCAGUUUGAUGACCCUAUGUGGCGGCGGUACUUACUCUCACCCAAGCCUUUGGGUCUAAACAUUCUGCUGAACACUUGUAAUCCAGCCACACAGAAGCACUACACCCAGUGUCUGUGCUCACAUUACCUGUGA